AGAGUGGCUAUGUACAAAUGUCUUAAAUGAGAGUGGGGGAGCAGUUUGAUCUCAAACAAUGGACAUUAUUGCAGAGGGGGUGGGAGGUUACACUGUCAAACUGCCUUAAUUUAAUGGAAAACACAUGCUGAUGAGUCCCCUCCUCCUGGACCUCAAGGCUGGGAAACUUUUGCCAGCUCCCUGCAGUUCAGAAUCAGGGAAAGUACACUCCAGCAAACACAAUGCUGGUCAAAGCUGCAGUUGUACACCGCUUCUUUCUUUUUCUCCUCUUGCCCGGUUUCGCCUGCUCCUGUCCUAGCCGCUGCCUGUGUUUUAGGACUACAGUACGAUGCAUGCAUCUGAUGCUGGAAAACAUCCCUGAAGUUCCACCCCAGACAAACAUACUGGACUUACGCUUCAAUCACAUCCAAGAGAUUCAGCCUGGAGCCUUCAGGAGACUGAAGAACCUCAACACACUGCUGCUGAACAAUAACUUGAUCAAACAAAUCGCAAGAAGGUCCUUUGAAGCUCUGCCGAACUUGAAAUAUCUCUACCUGUACAAAAAUGAAAUUCAGACUAUCCAGCAACAUGCCUUCAAGGGGCUCCAUUCUCUGGAACAGCUUUACCUUCAUUUCAACCACCUGGAAACCUUGGGGCCGGAAACCUUUAGUGACCUGCCCAAACUGGAAAGACUAUUCUUGCACAACAACAAAAUUUCCAGAAUUCAGCCAGGAACUUUCUUUCAACUGGAAUCCCUCAAACGGCUACGGCUGGACUCCAAUGCCUUGCUCUGUGACUGUGACUUGAUGUGGCUGGCCGAACUGCUGAAGAAAUACUCCGAACAGGGCAAUAUUCAGACAGCCGCCACCUGUGAGAACCCAAGGGAACUGCAGGGCCGGUCCGUCACCAGCUUGACCACCCAAGAAUUUAAUUGUGAGAGGCCUCGCAUAACCACUGAGCCCCAUGAUGCUGACGUCAAGUUGGGAAACACUGUUUAUUUCACCUGCAGGGCAGAAGGAAACCCAAAGCCGGAGAUCAUCUGGCUGCACAACAAUAAUGAAAUUGACAUGAACGACGAUGGGCGCCUUAACUUGCUGCAGGAUGGGACCCUGAUGAUCCAAAACACCAAAGAAUCGGACAAAGGCAUCUACCAGUGCAUGGCCAAGAACAUAGCUGGAGAGGUCAAGACACAAGAAGUAGUUCUGCGCUACUUUGGCACGCCAUCCAAGCCCAGCUUUGUGAUCCAGCCCCAGAACACAGAAGUGCUGGUCGGGGGAAGCGUCACCUUGGAGUGUGGGGUGUCCGGGCACCCACCCCCGCAUGUCGUCUGGACUCUGGGCACAGGCUCGCCGCUACCGGGCGAUUCCCGCUUCGCCAUCACCAGCUCGGGCGGGCUGUACAUCCAGAACGUCACCUUCCUGGACCAGGGCCAGUACAACUGCAAGGCCAGCAACUCCGAAGGCUCCAUCCAGGCCACGGCAAACAUUCUAGUGCAAGAUACUCCCAGGUUCCUGCUCGUUCCCAGGGACCAGAUUGUGACAGAGGGGCAGAGCGUGGAUUUCUCCUGCACUGCUGAAGGCCACCCGGCACCCGUCAUCGCCUGGACAAGGGCAGGGGGGCCGUUGCCCGUUGACCGGAGGCAAAGCGUCCUCUCCAGCGGCACCCUGCGCAUCGUGAGGGUUGCCCUGCACGAUCAAGGCCAGUAUGAAUGUCAUGCCAUCAGUGCCCUCGGCGUGAAGAGCUUCCCAGUGCAGCUGUGGGUGACCCCUCGAGUGAUCCCUGUGUUUCUUCACCCCCCACAAGACGUGGUAGCAGAGACUGGGCAAGAUGUCAUGAUCACCUGUGCGGCCCAAGGAGAUCCGCGACCCACCGUCACCUGGGCCAAAGAAGGCAUUCAGAUCACAGAAAGUGGCAAGUUCCAUGUAAGUCAAGACGGGACCCUUUCCAUUCGAGACCUGGGAGUGGCGGACCAGGGCAGAUACGAGUGUAGAGCCAGGAAUACCUUUGGAUUCACAUCCAGCACUAUGCAGCUGACCAUCACCGCCACGGAUGUAGGUCGGAGUGGUGACACCUUUGUAGCCUCAUCGAUACAAGAAGCCAUCAGCAGUGUUGACCAUGCUAUCAAUUCAACGCGCACUGAGCUGUUUAGCAAACGACCCAAAACUCCCAAUGACUUGCUGGCACUCUUCCGUUACCCCCGAGACCCUUACACCAUUGAAACAGCACGGGCUGGUGAGAUCUUUGAAAGGACGUUGCAGCUGAUCCAAGACCAUGUCCAGCAGGGAUUGAUUGUGGACAUGAAUGGUACAGGCUACCGUUACAACGACCUGGUCUCCCCUCGGUACCUGAACGUGAUCGCCAACCUGUCCGGCUGCUCUGCCCACCGCCGCACUCCCAACUGCUCCGACAUCUGUUUUCACAAGCAGUACAGGACCCACGAUGGCUCCUGCAACAAUCUCCAACACCCCAUGUGGGGGGCGUCCCUCACGGCCUUCCAGCGCCUCCUCAAACCAGCCUACCAGAAUGGCUUUAACCUGCCCCGGGGCUUUUCCUUGGCGGAAGACUCUAGGGAGCUGCCCCUGCCGCUGCCUCGUCUUGUCUCUACAGCCAUGAUAGGGACAGAAACCAUCACCCCCAAUGAGCAGUUCACACACAUGCUCAUGCAGUGGGGCCAGUUUCUGGACCACGACCUGGACCAGACGGUGGCCGCCAUCAGCAUGUCGCGGUUCAGUGAGGUGUGUACCAACGACCCGCCGUGCUUCUCGGUCGUGAUCCCGGAGAACGACCCCCGGGUGAAAAACGGACGCUGCAUGUUCUUCGUCCGCUCCAGCCCUGUGUGCGGCAGCGGGAUGACCUCCCUGCUGAUGAACUCUGUCUACGCCAGGGAGCAGAUCAACCACCUGACCUCGUACAUCGACGCCUCUAACGUCUAUGGCAGCUCAGAGCAGGAGUCUCGGGAGCUGAGGAACUUGAGCAGCCAGAGGGGGCUGCUGAAACAAGGGCAGGUGGUGCCCAGCUCGGGAAAACACCUGCUCCCAUUUGCAGUGGGGCCGCCCACCGAGUGCAUGAGGGACGAGAACGAGAGCCCUGUGCCAUGCUUCCUGGCAGGCGAUCACCGUGCCAAUGAGCAGCUAGGCCUCACAGCCAUGCACACCCUCUGGUUCCGGGAGCACAACCGCCUUGCCACCGAGCUGCGGGCCCUGAAUCCCCACUGGGAUGGGGACACGCUCUACCACGAGGCGCGCAAAAUUGUGGGUGCCCAGAUGCAGCACAUCACCUACACACACUGGCUCCCCAAGGUCCUCGGAGAAGCCGGCAUGAAGGUGCUGGGGGAGUACAAAGGCUACGACCCCAAUGUCAACGCCGGAAUCCUCAAUGCCUUCGCCACGGCGGCCUUCCGGUUCGGACACACGCUGAUAAACCCCAUCCUGUAUCGGCUGAACGAAACUUUCCAGCCCGUACGCCAAGGCCACGUCCCCCUCCACAAGGCUUUCUUCUCCCCUUUCCGGAUCACCCAGGAAGGCGGAAUCGACCCCCUCCUCCGUGGUCUGUUCGGGGUCCCUGGGAAAAUGCGGGUCCCCUCUGAGCUCCUGAACAUGGAGCUCACAGAAAAGCUUUUCUCCAUGGCACACUCGGUCUCGCUGGAUCUGGCAGCCAUCAACAUCCAGAGGGGGAGGGACCAUGGCAUCCCGCCCUACAAUGACUUCAGGGUCUUCUGCAAUCUCACGUCUUCCCAGGAGUUUGAAGACCUCAGGAAUGAGAUCCAAAACCUGGAGAUCAGGGAAAAGCUCAGGAGUUUGUACGGGACUACCAAAAACAUUGACUUGUUUCCAGCCCUGAUGGUGGAAGAUCUUGUCCCCGGGACCAGAGUUGGACCAACCCUGAUGUGCCUGUUAGCAACGCAGUUCCGAAGACUCCGAGAUGGGGAUAGGUUCUGGUAUGGGAAUCCCGGAGUCUUCACCCCGGCCCAGGUGACUCAGAUAAGGCAGACAUCGCUGGCUCGCAUCAUCUGUGACAACAGCGACCACGUCCAACAGCUCCAGAGGGAUGUGUUCCGGGUGGCACCCUACCCCCAGGGCAUGGUCAGCUGCGAGGAGAUCCCGGCGGUCGAUCUUCGCAUGUGGCAGGACUGCUGUGAAGACUGCAGAACACGAGGGCAGUUCAAUGCUCUUUCUCAGCGAUUCCGGAGCAAGAGAUCUCCCGGCUUCAGCUACCCAGAAGAAAACCCUUCUAAGAACAACCCGGCUGCACCAAGAAACGAAGAGCCUUCCCACAGCCGUUCUUCCCAGGAAGGCCUGGAGUCCUUUGUGGCCCACCUGGAAAAAACCGUCUUGUCCCUACGGAAACAGGUGAGCGCCCUGGAAGGCCAGCUGCGGUGGCAGCAGAGACGCGCAGGCGAAUACAGAUGGGGGAAGAAGACUGGAGAGACGCGGAGAAAAAGAUGACCAGCCUUCUGCUAACGCGAGGUUAUUUCAGGUGAUCUACACUUGACACUGCUCCCCUCCUAGCUGCUCUGCUCCACUCCAAGAGGGCCCCGACAUGCCGGCCAAUUAACAACGUUCGCCCCCCACUGUGAUGCCUCCUGUACUACUCCCCCCCCGGCCAGCUGUGCUUCUGCUGGUUCCUGACUCUCCGCACUGCUGGCGUAGAGCUCCUGAACCAUCUCCGCCCCCAAAGGUGUCCCUCCCAGCCUGCGAGCCUCUGCGCUGCCCUGCGUUCAGCCAGCAGACCGUCUGGCCGCCGCGUGCUCCUCGGAGGCUGCUUCCCACCCGCGGAGCCCACGCUCGGAAAGCAGGGCUGAGUUAAAACUGCUCCCAUGUCUUCCUGCUCGGCGCUGUCCCUUCCACGGCGGAUCCCCCUGCUGCAUCUGCUUUUGCAACAGGGCUCCCAACCCCCUUGGGAACAGGGCGUCCAUCGCAACGCAUUGCCCAGCCCACCUGGGUCAGCAAGGGGUUGGAAAACCUGAUCUCCCAUUUCAAUUUAAAAAAACCUCUUGUUCUGUAACGGAACAAAUGCGUUUCAGGGAUUGUGAAGCUGCGGCUGGCAUAGCCUGCAAUUCACAUAAGAAACAAGUGAGAAGAAACCCCCCCAUCCGCUGGGAAUAUUCCUCCCCUGCGGGAUACGGAGUCGGAGGUCACAAGCAUUGUCUUCGCUCCACCCGGCGCCCCCCAACCUUCCACCGCUGCACGUUGGACCCAAGUCUGUGUUUCCAUUCAUCUCCCAAGGCUUUUGGCUGGAAGAUGCAUUGACAGCGGCCAUGUAACGGGACCUGACGCACAACCUUGGAGCAUUAAACAUCACAUCCCUCUAGUUAACAGCCAGGAGGGGCUGUGCUGGGUGGGGAAUGCUCGGUGCUGUAUUUGAUGCAUUCACAAAUGCAAAGUGUGGCGUGUAUUUAUUAUUCCUAGGUGCUCCGCAGCUGAGCAAGAAAUACGUAACCGGCUUUUGGAGCCUACUUUGGAGGUGCUUUUCCAUGGUGCUAUAAUUUAUACCCAUGUGAUUCCAGGACAGCCCAAAACUUGCAACACUCACGGGCAAAUAGCUUUUGCUACGAACAUCCUCGAGUCCUUCCUUGUUAUCUCUGUUCUUUUUAUCGUCCCUUUCUCCUUCUCUUUCUCGCCCUUGUAUCCUCCCCCUUCCUGCGGUACAAGGCUCAUAAACAUUUACAGAUAUGCAUAUUCUUUUCUCUUCUUUUUAGGCCUGUUCUUGAACAGGGGAAGGGACCCAAAACAGAUGUGAUGUCCCUUUUAGGACUUGGAAGUUGUUCGAAAAUCAAAUAAUGCUUGAACAGGGGACGGGAGUUUAAUGAGAGAGUUUAUCAGCUGUUCCUUGGUCUGACAAGGUGGGCAAAGCAAGGUUUUUUGUGGGCCCAGAAGUUGGCCAGAUAAAAGACAUUGCUCCACACACCUUGUCUCACUAAUGUCCUGGGACCAACACGGUGACAGCGAGCCUUCAUACAUAGUUCUGUAGGCUUUUGAACGUGGAAGUGGGGCGGGGAGAGGCGGCUCUAAGUGGCCUUUUGACUUCUCCUACACUGGUAGAAAUGAAGAAUCUGGAGCAAAUCCUCAGCUGCAGUAAAUCGGCUACUGUCGCCUUUUGAUUUAGGCCAUCUGAGGAGCUGGCGCCAUGGGACUGGACAGAGGUCAGAGGGAAUCCCGUACUCCCUCUCUUUUUCAGCCAACAACAGCUGCACGCAGCCGUUCUUGAAAGCAGACAGGGAGACAUGUGCUGAGGCCUACUGCUUCAGCUAAAAUGCCUAAAGAAGCAGAGCGAUGGUGGAUUUUCUGCCUGAUGCACAUUGUUAAGGAGAUUGGGGGUGGAGGAGAGCAUAGGGAGGACAUCAGAGUUGAUGGAGGAAUUUUAUGCAUAUUCCAGGGGAUCAUGUGGCAUGUGUCCCUUUGCCCUAUAGGUUGGAACCUCUUCCUUCCCUCCUGUCCCUUUGAUUCCUGCUUUUCUGCUAGAAGAAAGAAAAGUGCCACUUGGUGAAACUCAAAAAAUCUUUUCUCCGGGCUCUGGUGCUCAUGAAGAGAACGUGUGCAGAGCAGUUUCUCAGGCCACGUUUACCCUGCAGCCGAAGCUCUGCUUGUGACAUGCAGUUCCAGCUAUGUAACAAACGUAGCUGGAGUCAACGUACCUUAAGCUGAGCUUUGGCGCUGGCCUCACAGUGGAAGGUCAAUGGAAUAAUGCUCUUGUUGACUUCCCUGGCUCCGUGCGAGGAGUAGGAGUUCCGGAAUUGACAAGGGCGCCCUCGGCGUUCGCUUGAGCGGGUCUUUACUAGACCCGCUCAAUCGAAUGCUGACAUAUCGAUUGCCGAAUCCUAAUCUUCUCCAGAGGCCAGUCAUGGCUUCAGGCCAAAGUAAGGCACAUUUGCUGUGCUGUCUGGUAGGUAGGGGAGCAGCUGGUGUACAUCCGUGGUUACAUACCAACCAGUUCCCCCUUCCCCACAAUUCCUAUGCAGCAGCCUGGAAUGACCCAUCAUGGAGCACAGCUCCACGGUAGAUGGGGAGCGGACUCAUGUUAGGUAGCACUUGUGGUGCUCAGAGUCUGUGCGGUGGGCCCAGAUGUCCCUAAAAUCUGAUUGUUUGGAGGCAGAGAGUUUGGGCUUGCUCAGAAUCUUGGACAGCAUCCCUGAGCCAUGUAAUGUGCUCACCUUGCUUUGCUACCCCGAGGGGUUUGCCUCAGUGGCGCUUCCUGGGCUCUGACAGCUGCCCUCUGGGGUGGCUGCGAAACAGGAGUUGCCUCUGGAUGUUUCACAGGAAACCACAGUGUGAUCUCCCCAUGCGUCACCUCGAGACCUUGUGCUCCUCACACAAAGUGAAUUUACCCACCAGAUGAACUCCUGGGUGGAUUUUGGCCCUCGACAUCCAUGAAGUUACAACGGGUGUGUGUGUGUGUGUGUGUGUGUGUGUUCAGUGCUCAUGCUUCUGAGCUUGUGUUCUCAGGAGGCCAAUCACACUGGACUCUGAUCCCUGCCCAUGUCACUCAGGAACCUGUGCGCCUCCCUUCCUCCCCUCCCCCGCUUUGAGCAGCCUUGUGGACUCUGGAACCACGGUCCAUACAGUUGAAGGCCAGAAGGCGCUGUUGUGAUUAUGGGUCUGGCCUCCUGACCUGCCCCAGUGCGAUAGAACAUCCAGCGUGCAAGUCACCACCUGGCUGCUGCAGAAUAAAGGGGGGGGGUAGGGUGUCAAUGUGUUUGCCAAAUGCCUUUCCCCCCAACCCUCCUAAAUUGCACAGGGCUCCAAGCAGCCCCUCUAAAAGGCUGGUGCUAUAGACCACACCCUCAACAGCUGCCAAUCCUCAUCGCUCCACUGACUAAGGCGCUAGCCCUGGGCUUUUUGCCGCUCAUGUUUGUAAGUCGGUGAGUGGAGGGUGAUUUGCAGCCUUAGGGAGUGAAGCCGGAUAGGCAAUAAAACAGCAGCGGUUUAGCCCCUGCUGGGCCAUUUCUGCCCAGCACCUCCACACGUACGGGAGAUCACAGCUCCCAUUGGCUGGGAAUGGCGAUCCGGGGCCAAUGGGAGCAGUGUUCUCCCCUAGCAGUGGAGGCACAGUAAAUACUAGCCCUGGCAGACCGGAUCUGCCCACAGGCUGGUAUUUGCCCAGCACUGGAUUGGAGGAUUGGCUACCCAAGGGGUGUGAAGUUUAAGGAAUGUGCCUUUAUAAUAUAUCCAGGUAAGUAGACGGCUCUCGUGACCACAGUAUCUAAAUGGUUCCUGUGAGUCAAAAGACGCAAAACCUUGGCAGAUCCAUUUCCUACAGCCUAACUCCAGUGGAAAGAAAAAUUGAGAUCUAGACAAAAGAGAGCGGUUUUCAGUUACAUUUAUAACAAUCUGAAUUUUGUUGAAGUGACCUUAAGCUGACCACCUACAUGGUCUAGUUUUGCCACUUAAUUGAACAUUACCGCUUAGGCUCUCCGGAUUAGUCAUCUAGGGUAUGUCUAGACUACAUGCCUCUGUCACCAG